AUCAUCAUCAUCAGCAUCAAAAAUGACCACCAUACAACAGAGCCUCAUCAUCAUCAACAAGUCCCAUCAUCAACUUGUUGAUGAUCUGAUUGUUGAUGCUGUUGUUGUCAAUGGGAAUGAAACCAGUCCUGAGAAAGUUCUUUGAUCUUGCUACAAUUUACGUGUGUAGGUAUAAUAUGUUUUGAGUGCAUACCACCCAUAAUCACCAGAAAUUCAUUAAUAGAAAAAAAAGGGUUAAAAACCUAUGAUCAACCCGAAAUUUUUUUUUUUUGCUCAACUAGACAAUCUCGUUUUUGAAAAAGUAUCUUUUUUUCAUCGUCGUUGUAAUCAAUUUCUUCAAAGUCAUCAUUCGUUUUUUGUAUUGGCCAUCAGAAAAGAAUCAUCUCAUCUACUAUAGGGAAAUUCUUUCACAAAUGUUAAAAUGUGGACUCCAAUCACAACAGUGUUAUUAUUAUUAGCCAUAAUUAUUCAUCGAUCUCAUCAACAUGGCCGAAUGUUGGAACCACCAUCAAGAAAUUCAAUGUGGAGAGCUGGUUUCAAUACUAAACCAGAUUAUGAUGAUAGUGAACUAUUCUGUGGUGGAAUAGUGGAUCAAUGGAAACGAAAUAAAGGCAAAUGUGGUAUAUGUGGUGAUUCAUAUUCAAUUCGGCCACCAAGACCAUAUGAAACGGGUGGAAUUUAUGCUAGUAAUAUUACCGUAAGAAAUUAUCGACCUGGUUCAGAAAUCGAUGUCAUCAUAGAUUUGGUAGCAAAUCAUAUGGGAACAUUUGAAUUUAGUAUAUGUCCACGAGAUAAUUUUGAACAACAUGAAACUGAAGAUUGUUUCAUACCAUUAAAAGUGAAUGGAUCAGAUAGAUAUAAACUUCGUUCACAUCGAAAUGGAAUAUUCACCAUGCCCGUCGCAUUACCACGUGAUAUUAAUUGUAAAUAUUGUAUUUUUCGUUGGCAUUGGAAAGCAGCUAAUAAUUGGGGAAUAUGCGCAAAUGGCCGUCAAGCAAUCGGCUGUGGACCACAAGAAACUUAUCGAAAUUGUGCCGAUAUAGUUGUUGGUUAUGAAUCCGGUAUUCGUGGUCUGAAUUAUGAGCCACCACCUUCAGUUGUAAAUGGAUUCGAUCGAAUGAUAAUGAGUAAUGAAAUACCUAAAGAUAAUUUCAUCACACAUCAUCGAAUUCAUUGGCCUGGAAAUCAACGUCAUAAUCCUAAUCACCACCAUCAUCACCAUCAUCAUGAUCAUCAUCAUUCUCAUGAUUUUGAAUCAACAACAGCAGCAAUGAAUGAUUCUGAAUUUACAAUUACAAUGGCUACGACUGAAUUGCCAAUCACAUACAUCGAUCAUUGAAUUGUGAAUCUUAGUUUUUUUUUGGAUAAAAUUUUUUAAAUUUCAUUUUUUUUAUUUGGUUAAUUAAAAUCUAAAGAGAAAACAUUAAUAUGUUUCUCUGUAUGUAUGAAAUUCAAAACUUUAGAAACAUGUACAAAGACAACAAAAGCAACAGGUACACCAACAGUGGCCACGUCCGGCAUCAGAAUCGUCAUUUAUUUCACGAAUUACACUAAACAGUUGUCGUUGUUUUGGUAUAAAUAUAUGAUGAUAAUUUUGUUCAUUACGAAAUUUAUGUGGUGGUCUAUGUCGAACUAGGAUAUCUUUAUUCAAUUCAAACAUUUGCCAUUUUUUGUUGUUGUUGUUGUUGUUGUUGUUCAUCUUGAUUCUGUGUCAUGAUUUUAUUUGGAUUAUUCAUAUCGAUCGUUUGUUGUUGUUGUUGUUGUUGAUCAAUUGUCCAUGCUGUUGAUGGUAUAGCCUGUUUACAAUCUUCAGUUUUUGCUUUACGAAAUUUUUCCAAAUGAUAAUAACGAUGAAUAUUUGGUAAUGGAUUUGUUUUAAACAUUGUAGUAUUAUUGGCUGGUGGAGAAUUGACAUUUUUUUGAUUGACCAUUUUGUUCUCUUUGUUUUCAACAUCCAGACUACUACUACUGCUACUACCACUAUAGAAUCAACAAAAUUCAACAAAUUUAAAUUCAAAUUUUUUUUUUAAUUUUAUUAUAUCGAACUCUUUUUUUCUGUUAUUUUUAUUUUCCAUUCAAUUAUUUCGGAAAACAAGAAUUCGAAAUAAAAGGAAUAUAUAGAGAGAGAGAGAAAAAAAAGAUAAGUUCUAUCAAAA